GACCGCUGCAGCAUGUCAAUUGAACCACAAACUAUUAAGGUCUCAAAAAACCAAACUGAAAACUACGAAGAAAAAGAGUUCCUGGCUAACAUUGGAUUGCUGGCCACGACAACAAUGGCAGAGAUUCGUCAACGUCAGCAGAAGAAACCUAAAAAACCAAAGCAAGACUGCGAAGAAGAUGAUUUAUUUGUGAAGCGACCUGAUUUUAGCAAGCGGAACUUGAUGGUAGAUGAGGUAGCUAGUCAGCUGAAGACUGAAACAAAAGAAUGGUACCAAAACGAUGGAUGUUCUUCCGAAGAAGAAGGAGAAGAAAAGGAAGAAACGCAUACCAUUUGCUCCAUACCGGGAAAGAGGUUGUACAACUUCCUGCAGCAACUCAGCUCACAUCAGUGGAUCUGGUGCGAGUUCGUGGACUCCUUUCUGGACAAACCGAUCCUGGCCUGCUCCUACGACAUGGAGCGCUUUAUAUGCGAGUGCUGUCCGAUGCUGAAGACCCGCUACCUGCCACGCAGGGGAUGGCAGCUGUUGCGCCGGAACAUGGGAAAGGCCCGUCGAUUCUCGCCAGCCUUCAUCGAACAGGAGCGCCAGGAGAUGGAGCGCUCGCGUCGCAUUGUCCGGCAGCUGCAGCAGUAUCGGUUCAACCACCAGGAGGACGGUCCCUACUUGGAGCUGCUGCCCAAGCGCAUUCCCCUGCCCCUGGCCCCGGAUGCCAAGGUCGUCGGGCUGCUGCAAGGACACUCCCUCAGGGGCAUCAUCGCUGGCCAUGUCAUGGACUACGAUCCGCAGGACAGUAGCUAUCUGGUUCGCUUCUCCAAAAAUGGCACAACAGCCGUGCUCAGUCUGCAGGACUCACGUCUCUAUACGGAUCAGGACAACAGGACUCUGCCAUUGUCCAUUAUGAUGCACGGCAUCAAAUCGGCUCCAUUCAAAACGGAGACGGCCAAGAACGAGAAGUUCGGUAAUAAGAGGUAUACCAAGGAGCUCCUCGAAUCGGUGCUGCAGGUGAGGAAACUAUUGGAUGUUAAGCAGAAAACCGUGAUGGAAAUAUCACAAAUGAACGAGAAUUUCGAGGGCGGCAAGGACUCCUCUACUUCGGGCAGUCGUCGCGAUGCCAAGAUGACACCUCAACGGGAGAAACUCCAGCGUCGCUAUGCGGCCAAUAUGAUAACCCUGCAUCGGGUGAACUCGGAUGUCCUGGAACCGCUGCACACCCUUUACGAGCACCUGGCCGAGUACCAAAAGCAGGAGGAGGAGCAGGAGGCCAAGGGAGGACGUCCCGCCAGCGAAGUCUAUCAGAAGUGUCGCAUGCAGGCAGAACUGGAUCUCAAGACGGUCGGCAGUGAGAAAUCCCUGAAGAUAGAAUCGGAUCGCAUCCGUGAGUUCGUCUGCAACCUACAAACCAUACUCUAUCUCAAUGGCAAGAUGGGUCGCGAGAACAGCGCCGAUAUGGAGGCGGUUCUGGCCGAUCUGAUAUCCCAUAUGAAGGAUAAUGUCCCGCCCGCGCUGGGCGUCCAAUUCGAGGACGCUCUGAUGUCCCUGAAUCCCCUGCGUCAGCAAGUGGUGGCCAUGUUCAAGGCCAUCCAAAAACCGGAACGCUUCCAAAUCACCCAACAGGCUCCCAUGCAAACGGAGGAUGGUGUCUACAACUUUGUGGUCGAGGCACAGCCAGAUCCCCCAGCCUAGGAACACA